AUGUCUCAGCCAUUACCUUCCCGUGAAACAGUGAAAGACGCGCCCACCCUCCACGUUCCUGCCGGUACGGUACCAACUCUCCAGCAUCCUUCGGGAGUAUGGCCUGAGCAAGUAUAUGGCUACGACUCCUUCGGUGCUGGGCACGUGUAUGGGUAUUAUAACCGCGUUGCUGUGAAUCCAGCCUUCUUUCCGUUUCCUGGUCAGCUCGCUCAAAUCCAACCGCGCCAGUUCCAGCAUCCUCAGCAAGCGGUACCCUGGAUUGACCCAAGAUUCAACCCUGGUAGUGGUCGGCCUCAUCUGUCCCGACCGUCUGCGCACACACUCCAAGUCAACACUCAAGCGCCGUUGCCAGCUCUAGUCCCGGACGUUCCAAGAGGCCCACCUCGAAAGCCGGUCCAAAGCGGGCAUGCAGUAUGGAUUGGGAAUCUACCGGUGAACGCCACCAUCCAUGAUCUUAAGGACUACUGCUCCCGCGGCGCGCCAGGCGAGAUCGAAAGCGUCUUCCUCAUUUCGAAGAGCAACUGCGCUUUCGCCAAUUUCAACAGUCAUGCCGCGUGCGAAGCAGCAAUGGCAAUUUUCCGGAAUGUACCCUUCGGUGGCCGACGCCUUGUAUGUAGGCUGCGAAUGCAGCCCGGGCCGUCUCCGAUCUCGUCGCCAUCAUCGUACUCAGACAACUCGAGAACUUUGACGCCUGAGAGCUCCGGGAUGCCGCGCACCCCAACCUCUAAUGAUCUCAAUCAUCCUGUCAUUGUUGGAGGCGAUACGCCCAUAUCGCCCCAAGCGCUGUCCGACACCAAGACGCCAGUGGAGAAGCAGGAUGCUUGCAGCAUGCCAGGACUCGUCAAGAUUCCAGAGAGGUUCUUCAUUAUCAAAAGUCUGACUGUCCAAGACUUGAUCGCAAGCGUUAACAACGGCUCCUGGGAGGCUCAGGCACAUAAUGAGGGCACGCUGCAGGAAGCUUUUAACAACUCGGAGAACGUCUACCUCGUCUUUCCAGCCAACAAGAGCGGCGAGUUCUUCGGUCUGGCUCGAAUGACUUCGCCCAUGCACAACAAGCAACAGGACAAAAAGCCCGCGCCGUCACCGACCGACAGCAGUGGCAAGUCCGUUGAACCGGUAUCGAUUAUGACACCGGCCAACGACACAGUACCCAGCGGAAAGAUCUACGACGAUUCCGUGCGAGGGACCAUCUUCUGGGAGGCCGAUCGCACGCCCGUCGUCGACGGGAGCCCCGACGUCGCCUGUCGGGAGGACAGCAACGAGGACGAACAGCGCAAGCAGUUCGGUAUCGAAUGGCUCUCCACAUCACGCGUGCCCUUCUUCCGCACCCGCGGCUUGCGCAACCCGUGGAAUGGGUUGAAGGAGGUGAAAAUUGCGAGGGACGGGACGGAGUUGGAGCCGAAUGUCGGGAGGAAUUUGAUGCGGCUGUUCUGCUGGACGUAG